CAAAUGAAGAGCAACAUUUUCAGAGACAGUGUGGGAUGUCGUCAUAUCUCCUCCCACUAAAGCUCAUGUCAAAGUUGCAGCCUCUGUCAGUGCAAGAGCAGAACUGCAAACUCGAGAUACCUUGCACUGUGUUCCAUUCCAGCAUCUCUCAUUGUGCUGAGGGAUUUCAAUCAUGAUAUCAACAAUCUGGCUUCUGCUCUUCUGUGGGAUUAUUUCAGAACACCUUGCAAGUUCACAGAAAUCAACAAAAGUGAAAAAGAAUAACUUGAAAGUGCACAUAAACGCAACUGGUGACACGCUUGUUAUGAAGUUUCUUCGUCCAAAUGAAAAUCUGAAACUUGAAGGCUUUGUUUUGGGAUAUGGGAGCAAUUUUUUUUCAAACCAAUAUAUACAGUGGCCAGAAAAUGGAAAGUCUUAUGUAACAGAAGUUGAUGCAGAACCAAGAUAUUUAAUUGCUCUAAAACCCAAUGAAAACAGUAAGAAGACCUGCAAAGAUAAGAACCCUGCUGCGAAACCUCUUCAACUGGUUAUUGGCACCUUGACCCCAACAUCAACGUUCCUCUCCUGGGGCAUCCUCAUAAAUCCACAGAUUGACUGGUCUGUUCUAAACAAAUGUCCAAAUGACAGAUUUUAUACAGUUCGCUACAGAGAAAAAAAUAAAGACUGGAUGUACCAACUCUGCCCAACAACUGAAAUUGUUAUUGACAGCCUAAAGCCAAGUACUAUGUAUGAAUUUGGCGUGAAGGAUAACACAGAAAAUGGAAUCUGGAGCAAGUUAUAUAAUCACAAGACAAUCCCAGCUAAGAGUAAGGAUAAUGGACAAAUCCAAAGUACUAAUAAGAUUUCAAAAGCCAUCCUACAGAUGGCCUCAGAAGAUACAAAAGCAUUAAUUCCUGUAACUGUGAUCAAGCAAGGAUUUUUGAAUCUUACAUAUUUCAACAGUCAAACUAAAACCGCAAGUGAAUCUACAACUGAAAAACACAAAGCUACAGAACCUCCAUCAAUACCCAAAACCACAAAAAAACCUAAUACAGAAGUCUACAAACCAGCAGUGACAGAUCAACCAAUUGUGGAAUAUUUAACUACAGAUUCGCCAACUGGUGCUCUAGAAUUGGUCAGAGGAACAAUGGAAUCCCUAGAAUCUCAGUCUGUUUAUCCCUCCUCUAAAACAUUUGCAUAUGUUAACCAUGGAGAGCCUCAGAAUAACCCUGCUAUUCAACGCAUGUCAACUGCAUCAUUUCAACCCAAAAAUUCAUAUACUGAGUGGUCUAUAUCCACCCCACGUACAAUAGGGCUGCCUUUGGUUUCAAGAAUGAUUUCUGCUCCAGAUGCCAUAACAGAGAUAACAAUCCCCAAAGCACAAUCAGGUUUCACUCAGGUAGAAAGAGAAAAGGAAAUGUAUACGCAAGAUUCCACUGAAAAGUCAGAGAUUACCAACGUGAUGGAUGUUUCUCCAGAGAUUUAUCCAAUAUCCACUAAUGUUCCAGACGUGAACUCUCACAUACCUCUUGAACACCAUGGGAAAACAGUGGGUCUGCCUUCGAUUUCACCAACAUUCUUACCAUCCGCAAACAUAACUUGGAAGACAACUGAAGAACAAACCAGUACUAAACAGGUUACAGGAAUAAAUGAACCUUACACUGAAGAUGAUUUAAACAUUACAGAAAAUCAAGAUACUGGCAAUGGUCUUCCUAUAGUCCCAUCAACCCUAACUUCUCAUCUGGAAAUAACAAAGAAAAUGCCGGCCUUGAUAAUGCUAACAAGUUCCAAACAGGGUCUGCCUUUGGUGUCAUCAACAUUAUCUCCUACUUCAGCUGUAACAAUGAAGAAAACACCUGUCCCUGAAGAUCCAACCAGUUUAACACAGGCAGAGAUGUUCCCAGCAUCCCCAGAUGAUAGACAAGUGAGCCUUUAUACACCUUUUCAACAGCUGAGGACUACAAUGGGUCUACCUUUAAUCCCAACAACAUCAUCUCCUAUUCUGGACCUUACAAUGAAAAUAACACGUAUCUCCGGAGUACAAACAAGUACAAGUCUGGCUGAAAAUUUUCCAGAGUCUUCAGAUUUACCACAACAAAGCACCAACGUGCCUCUCAAACAGCAGAGGACCACACUGGCAGAGAUGUUCCCAACAUCCCCAGAUGAUAGACAAGUGAGCCCUUAUACACCUUUUCAACAACUGAGGACUACAAUGGGUCUACCUUUAAUUCCACCAACAUCAUCUCCUUUUCUGGACCUUACAAUGAAAAUAACAUCUAUCCCCGGAGUACAACUAAGUACCAGUCUGGCUGAGAAUUUUCCAGAGUCUUCAGAUUUACCACAACAAAGCACCAACAUGCCUCUCAAACAGAGGACUACACUGGCAGAGAUUGUUCCAGAAUCAACAGAUGUUCCUCAAGCGAGCACUGACAAACUUCACACACAUUAUAGGACCACAGAGGCUACCAAGGACAAACAGUCUAUGUAUAUUCCUGCUACAAUAUCCAGCUUGGAAAAUGAACAAACUCCCCAUGAAUCGUCAAUCCAUUCAGGCAUUUACAGUAGCCCACUCUUUCAAAACACAGCAAGCCCAUCUGUUGAAUUGGUUAAAAGUCUUCCAGUACCUACCAACCCCCAUCAUUUUGCUAAAACCGAAGUGCCUGUAGUCCCACAUGAAAUUCCAUACCUACAAACCUCCAAACCUAGCCCUAGUACAGAAGCACCACGGAUGGAAUCUGGUAAAAACAGCACACAGUCAGUUUCUGAAACAAUUACAACUGAGGUGCCUCAUAUCUUUGAGCAGGAAAAAGUUGUAGCAACCACUGAAGAGCAGUAUGUUCAAGAGCUUGGAGCGGUAUCAAAGCCAGAAACAAAGCCCACAACUGUUUUUAAGGAAACUCAAGCAAUCAAUGUUGUAGAAGAAGCCAGAACAACAGAGGUUCAAAUGUCUUCUUCUCCUUCUGCACCCAAAGAAACUCUGGCAACAGAAAAACCUCUACCAAAAUUUGAUCCUAAAGAAACUCAUCAUGUACCAAUUAAUGUUAUCAGACUUCAUAUAUUUGGUGAUCCUAAUCCAACUAUUGAUACAACUGAAAAAAGUAUUUCUCCUAAACCCAGAGCCACAACUGAAAGUCCUUCUUCAACUGCUGCUCCUACGACAAUGAAAAAGAUGCCUAUACACAUAAUUAAACUGCAUAUAUUUGAUAAUCCUGAAGCCACAGCUCCAAGUGAGAAUCUCACCACUUCCUCUCCAACACCAAAAACAACUCAACCACAUACAAUCUCACAAUCCAAACCUGCUCCAAAACCAACACAAAGAGUACCUAUUAAUGAUAUUAGCCAUCAAUUAUAUGGAGAUCCAGAAGUGUCUUUGGUUUCAAACACAGCACGACCUCCUCCUCUGCCCAAAACAACACAAAGAGCUGAAACUCCACAAACCAAACCUGUUCCUAAUGAGACGCGAAAGGUUUUUCCUUACAAACCCAAAAAACCUCAGCCGACUGCUCAACCACGUAAACCUGCUUCCACAGAAGCACCAGGGGACUCCAUUAAACCUAAAAUUCCACCGCAAACUCCUGAGGCCACAUUUGCUCCUUACAAGCUGCAGCACAGUUCUCAAAGACCGAGGACAUCAGUUGGAUCUAGAAUCAACCCUGGUGGCAGACUUUAUGACAGAUCAAAACUUCUUGGUGUAAGUAGAAACAUUUCAGUGGAAGUAAACACUACCAUCAGAAGAACAUAUUCAGUGUCAUCAGCACCCUUCCUUCCUGUCCAGCCAACCAUAAUGCGCAGACGACCUCAUGCCACCAAUGUAACAGGUCGGCCAGGCAGUGUUCUGAUGCCACGGGCACCUUCAACUGCCCGGCCAAAUCGUACAGCAGUGUCUAUAAAGGCCCCAAUACCAUCAUCAGCUUCUCCUGAACCUGAAGAUACUGUUGAAGCCACUGUGUUCAGUCCAACUCCAAAAUCAGAGAUAGACGCUCUUGGGAAAAUCAGAACCACAGGACCACAUAUAACAUAUAUGACCAAAAAACAGGAACAUCCAUGCUCAAUUACAGAAUCUCUGAAGUAUUUCCCAACAGAAGAGGCCACAAAUCAGGAAAUUGUCAGCCGUCCAAUGAAUCCACCAUCCAAUCUCACAAUAGUCACUGUUGAAGGAUGCCCAUCCUUUGUCAUUCUAGAUUGGCAACCACCUGAGAAUGAUACAGUCACUGAAUAUAAAAUCAUUUCUACGGAAAAUGGGGCACCACCAGGAAAAGACCAGUCAAUAAUAACUACAAAUCAGACAUUUCAGACAGUGGAAAAUCUAAAACCUAAUGCAAGUUAUCAGUUUCUAGUGAUACCAACAAAUCCUCUUGGUGAAGGACCUGCCAGUAACACAGUAGAAUUUAGCACAGAAUCAGCUGACCCUAGAGUGAGUGAGCCUGUUACUGGAGGAAAGGAUGCUAUCUGGACGGAAAUAAAAUUUAAGUCAGACUCCUAUUCGGAAUGCAAAGGGAAGCAGUUUGUGAAGAGGACCUGGUACAAGAAAUUUGUAGGAAUUCAACUCUGCAACUCCCUGAGAUAUAAGAUUUACCUUAGCGACUCACUUUUAGGAACAUUUUAUAACAUAGGGGAUCAGUCUGGUUUUGGAGAAGAUCACUGUCAGUUUGUUGACUCAUUCCUGGAUGGAAGAACAGGACAGCAACUGUCACCAGAGCAGCUGACAACAAGAAAAGGAUUUUACAGGGCAGUGCGCCAACAGCCUGUUGAUUUUGGAAAUAUAGGAGGAAAUUCACAAAUCAGAUACGUCCAUUGGUACGAGUGUGGCAUCGCAAUACCCGGGAAAUGGUAGGAAGACUCCUGGAGAACAAUUCCACUCACCCGAUUCUGAAUUCCCAUUCUUCUUAAGGGAAACAUGCUAGCUUUUUUUUUUUUAUCCUUGUCUACUAAUGUAAAAUAUGUAUUAAAUAAUGCAGUAUAAGGAGAUUAUAAUGGAGUAAACAUUUUUAGAAUAGGCUGCUUCCAUAUUUAUCAGAUUUAUCAAUAUAAGAAAAGGAUAUUGUCUUCAUAGGAUAAAAUCUCGGGAAGCUGGCUCCCUGUUUUGGUAUUUUUUUGAAAAAAAAAAAGCAGUGUCUAUAUUAUUUAUCACAAUGUUGUAAUAAUAUUGGUGCAUUGUUCCUUUAGUUGCGUUGUGAAAGCAUAGAGAGAAAUUCUUUUUUUUUCCAUUAAGCAUACUGUUAAAACAAUGAUCAUUGUCUAUUAUCAACAUUGUCCAUGUAUUAAUUUAUUUAAUAAAAUGCAGGGUAGGAGCAACAUGAAUGUUAGAAUAGCCCUGAAUGGAACAUUUCUUUGUAAAGGUUGCUAAAUGUCAGUGCUAAGCAAACGAUUCAUUGCAAAAGAUCGCGCAGCAAGACGCAGGCUUUUGCCCAGUGAGUCAUUCACUGACCUAUAGAUAAACCGCCUACGUCAAUUUGCGCAGGAGCGGCGAAGAUGAGCGACGCUUCAAACAAGGCAGGUACUUAAACAACAGGUUUUAGUGCAAGAUAUUUUACAUUAGACUAUAGAUAUCGAUAUGUUAACUAAAAGCAUGUGGUUUAUUAAAAAAGAGUAACUUUCUACAGAAUGUACAGUAUAUCCUGAAAAGCUUUAUUUCCAGUGAAACUUGGUUUUGUUUAUGAAAUGCAGUAUAUGAACUCUAUAAUAAAGACAUUUGGUUUUUUUAAAGA